AGGUGCUGACUCUUGUCACCUAAUCUGUAAUGUAAACCUCUUACCUGUGAUUGUAGAAAUACAUAGCAAUAAAUACUUGGCUUUCAUUUUUCAGCAUAGAAAUUUCAAGAAAUGUUUUUUCUAAUAUAUUACAAGGAUUCUUUUAGGUGUCAACCCUUUGGUCAGUACCCAAUAAAAUAAAUUGUUUUAUAACAAUCUGGAUAAGUAAACUGCUGUUUCCUUUACCUAUAUGAAAUAAAAUCAGUGGAAAGAUUAGUAAACUGUCACAGGAGUGGAAUUUAAAGAAAAAAAGAGAUGAGGCUGUUACCCUUGUAUAUGCUGGAGGAAUGGCAGGUUUACCCUUUUAAUCUUGGAAAUUUUAUUAAGGAGCUAUUUUUUCCUCAGAACAUACAUGGUGGCCAGCCCCAUGAGUAAAUUUUAAAAUAACUUUUCUGUACCUAUCAUUAUGUAGAGGUGAUGUAUAUAAUAAUAUAAUUUUAAGAAGUGACAGAGGCUGCUUUUCAAUUUUGUUAAAUUCUUACAAAUACAACAGUUUGAGAUAAGGGCACUUUUUCAUUAUAGUACUGGCCUUUGGAUUCCUUUCCAUGGGUGAUUCAGAUGAUAUUUUAGUACAGUACAGAAUUCGACAAUAAUUUUGUAGUUAUCAGAUAGAUAACUAAUACCUUCCCGGGAACUUAAAAAAAAAAAAACCUAGGGAUGUGUAUGUGUGUUUCUUGUCAGAUGUGGAGAAGGAUGAGGAGUGAAGUUGGAGGGGAGGGAACAACAAAAUCCAUUUUCAGAUGUGCCUUCGUAUGCUAGGAUUCAACCUACAGCAAGUUUUAAUGGUGUUAUAAACCCCUGAAAAUGGGAGAUAACUGUGGAAUUGCUGACAGUUCCCUAACUAUAGCAGUGCAAGUGUGUUGCAUUAAUACAAUAUUAACCUCAAGGAUAGAAGAUUUCAAGCCACAGUAUAUUGAUCAAAGGAUUGAACACAAAGAAUACAUUUUUAUUUUGAUAAUUUCUUGCCUGGAGAGGUCUUUGAAAAAGUGACAACCAGAAGCAGAACCACAUGAUAGCAUUGGUAUUAACUAAAAACAAAACUUUUUAGUAUUGUGGAAUUUCAUAAGCCUUUGGCGUUUGCAAUGGCUGCUACUGUGAACUUGGAACUUGAUCCCAUUUUUUUGAAAGCACUAGGUUUCUUGCAUUCAAAGAGUAAAGAUUCUGCUGAAAAGCUAAAAGCACUGCUUGAUGAAUCUUUGGCUCGGGGCAUUGAUUCCAGUUACCGUCCAUCUCAAAAGGAUGUGGAGCCACCCAAAAUUUCAAGCACAAAAAACAUUUCCAUUAAGCAAGAGCCCAAAAUAUCAUCCAGUCUUCCUUCUGGUAAUAAUAAUGGCAAGGUCCUCACAACUGAAAAGGUAAAGAAGGAAGCUGAAAAGAGACCUGCUGAUAAAAUGAAAUCAGAUAUCACUGAAGGAGUUGAUAUUCCAAAGAAACCUAGAUUGGAGAAACCGGAAACACAGUCAUCUCCCAUUACUGUCCAAAGUAGCAAGGAUUUACCUAUGGCUGACCUUUCCAGUUUUGAGGAGACCAGUGCUGAUGAUUUUGCCAUGGAGAUGGGAUUGGCCUGCGUUGUUUGUAGGCAAAUGAUGGUGGCAUCUGGCAAUCAAUUAGUAGAAUGUCAGGAGUGCCAUAAUCUCUACCACCGAGAUUGCCAUAAACCCCAGGUGACAGACAAGGAAGCGAAUGACCCUCGCCUGGUGUGGUAUUGUGCCCGAUGUACCAGACAAAUGAAAAGAAUGGCUCAAAAAACUCAGAAACCACCACAGAAACCAGCCCCCGCAGUUGUUUCUGUAACUCCAGCUGUCAAAGAUCCACUGGUUAAGAAACCAGAAACUAAACUGAAACAAGAGACAACUUUUCUAGCAUUUAAGAGAACAGAAGUCAAGACAUCCACAGUUAUUUCAGGAAAUUCUUCUAGUGCCAGCGUUUCCUCAUCAGUAACUAGUGGCUUAACUGGAUGGGCAGCUUUUGCAGCCAAAACUUCCUCUGCUGGUCCCUCAACAGCAAAAUUGAGUUCAACAACACAAAACAAUACUGGGAAACCUGCUACUUCAUCAGCUAACCAGAAACCUGUGGGUUUGACUGGUCUGGCAACAUCAUCCAAAGGUGGAAUAGGUUCCAAAAUAGGUUCCAAUAACAGCACUACACCCACUGUACCUUUAAAACCACCUCCACCUCUAACCUUGGGUAAAACUGGUCUUAGUCGCUCAGUUAGUUGUGACAAUGUCAGCAAAGUAGGUCUUCCUAGUCCAAGUAGUUUAGUUCCAGGAAGCAGCAGCCAACUAAGUGGGAAUGGAAAUAGUGGAACACCAGGACCUAGUGGAAGUACUGCUAGCAAAACUACUUCAGAAUCCAGCAGCUCUCCCUCAGCAUCCCUUAAAGGUCCAACUUCACAAGAAUCACAGCUCAAUGCUAUGAAGCGAUUACAGAUGGUCAAGAAGAAAGCCGCCCAAAAGAAACUCAAGAAGUAAUGUGGCCAAGUAGGUUUUUAUAUCAUAUUAGCCUAAAGAUGAAAGGCUUAUUAUUAAGAUAUAAUCUGUAAUAUACUGUAAUUUAAUAAAAGUCUUCAUAAUCAAAUUUCUAUUGUUUCUUACCUUAAAAUGCUAAAAAUUAUAUAACAAAACUUGGAAACUUUUAUUUUAAAUCAGUCUUCACCACUUUUAUUUUAAUGAUUUCCAUAGUGUGUGAAAACAAUGAUUAGAAUGACUGGUUCUUGAUGAGAUCUUCAGAAGAUUGAAAGCAUCAGUGAAUUUAAGGAAAAAGAAAUAGUUCGUCUUCUAGCAAAGUCCCAAGAGUUGAUCCUGAUGAGUGAGGUGCCUUAUGUGGCGGCAGGGAUGACCCAACAUAGUUUUCUAUUUUUCUCCCCGUAUUCUGGGUGUUCAUUUUCUGUGCUAGCCCCAUUUCAACUGACCCUCCCUCUCCCUCCCAAUUAUUUCAUCUUUUUCAAAAUUAUUUUUUCAUUAUUGAUUUCUCACAUCAAUGGAUUUUCCUAAUUGAUUUAUCAUACCUCAUAUUGUAUCUUUACCUUUUUUAUCACCUCAUUUCAGUUAUUUAAGGAUAUAUCUUUUUCCAAUAAAUUGUGAACUCUCUUGGUGUUUAAUACAAUAUUUUUUCUCACAUUGCUCACUUUUCCUACAUUGCCAAUGUACUAUAUGCACAUGGUAUGUAAUAAAUGUUGAAUUUUGAUUCA